AUGAAUUCUGUGGUCACCUCUAUCACUAAAACUGAUGCCGAUGUCGAUGGUUCCCAUGCCCGAGAUUGGCGCAAGAUGCAUGCACUUCCCAAUACACAGCUCGCACUCAAGGUCCUUGGUCCGAAACAGAUCAAGCUAACGGAAGGAUGUCCCUUGCCGAUUGCGGAAAAAGAUGAAAUCCUGGUUCAUGUCAAAUGCGUCGCAGUGAAUCCUGUAGACGCGAAGACCCUUGACAUGGCUCCUAAUGUCGGGUCGACGGCAGGAUGUGAGUUUGCGGGAGAUGUCGUGAGAGUGGGGCCAAGUGUCAAAAAUCAACGACUCAAAGAGGGUGUGGCAGUAUUCGGCGUUAUUCGAGGAAAUUCAUGCGACAGACCCGAGAACGGAGCCUGGUCAGAGUACGUGGCUGUGGCAGGCGAUCUAGUCUAUCUCCUCCCCCCUCAUCUCACAUACCAAGAAGGGGCUAGCAUGGGUGCAGCCCUCGCGACAGUAGGAAUGGCGCUAUUCUUUUCUUGGGACCUGCCACGGCCCUAUGAGGUUAGUGAGGCACAAAGCAACAGCAAUUACUAUGACAGACGAUCCGGCCCAGGCUCGGGCGACCAAAAAAAGCUGACAGCCCCGCAAGACGACCGCGGUCCGGCCCGGGGCCCAGGGGCGAAGCAAUAUGUACUUGUGUAUGGUGGAAGCACAACUUGUGGUGCCAUGGCUUUGCAAAUGUUGCGCAUAUCAGGCCUAGUGCCAGUGUGUACCAGUUCUCCAAAGAACUUUGGGCUUGUGAAGAGUUUUGGGGCCGAAGAGGCGUUCGACUAUCACUCGCACUCAUGCGCGGAUGAUAUCCGGCGCUACACCAACAACUCCUUGGCUUAUGUGCUCGAUUGUAUUACUAGUCUCGAGUCUAUGAGAAUUUGCUACGCAGCAAUGGGCCAUAUAGGGGGGGCAAUAUAUGGGACUCGAUCCUGUGCCACUUCGUGCGCAUACUCGCAGAGAGAUAAAGCCAGAUUACGUCUUGGUCUACACUAUGUUUGGACAGAAGGUCACUGCGCCAAGACCUUUUGGCAGACCAGCGCGUGCAAAGGAUCGUGCAUUUGGCGAGAUUUGGACAAAGGGCACUCAGGCACUCGUUGA